ACACAUAAUUAUGUAUAACAUGGUUAACAGGUUCGCAAUGAGUGGGAUCACUGUGUUGGAGAAACUUCAGAGUUCCCAAGAUUGUGUCAACAGCUCUGUGGCUCUUAAACAAAUAUAUCUGAUGUAUCUUGACCGUUAUGAAAAAGUUCACUACUUGGGAGAAGUGGGAGAAAGAGCUAAUGAUGAUGACGAAGAUAAUCGUCACCGUCGCUGGUCUGCAAGAGCUCUGCACUCCGUUCCUCUAACCUAUAACUACAGUCAACACAUUGUUAAUGGUGAGUAAAUCUGUUUAUGCUUA